GGAGAUUAUUUUGAUCUAAAAAUCAUUCUUGUUGCAGUGUUGUUGCCCAAUUUAAAUUAUUCUAAUAAUACACAUAAAUUAAAGAAGUCUAUCUAACAAAUCGUUUGAGUAAUUCGGCAUGUAAAUUCAAAUUUCCAAGGAAGAAACUAUACGUAUCAUCACAAUGGCAGCUAUACUAGGAGGAGGGUUAGGCGGCCUAUCUACAGGUUACUAUUUGUUGAAGAACUGCGUGAAUGCCCACAUGAAACUGGCGCUGUUCGAAGCGAGCGACUUCUACGGCGGCUGGAUCAGAUCUAUCCGGACCAACGACUACAUCUUCGAGCAGGGGCCGCGCACGAUCCGGCCGAAGGGACCGUACGGGUUGAACACCCUGAACAUGAUCCAGGAGCUGGGUCUGAGCGAGCACGUGAGCGCGGUGCUGCCGAGCCACCCCGCCGCCACCACGCGCAUGGUGUGCGUCGGCCACACGCUGCACACGCUGCCCUCGCGCUUCUCACAGAUCUUCACCAAGACCAAGCCCUUCUCCAAGCCGCUGAUCCUCGCCGCGCUGCACGACCUCACCCAGCCGGGCCUCGAGCUCAAGGACGACUCCAUAUACAACUUUGUCUCUAGGAGAUUUGGACAGGAGCUGGCUGACUAUGCCGUCUCGCCCAUGAUCUGUGGAAUUUGUGCAGGUGAUGCCAAGGAGAUCAGUGUCAAGUUUCUGAUGAAGACACUGUUUGAGUAUGAGCAGACUCAUGGUGGUGUACUGAAGGGAGUAGUGAAGAAUAUGUUCAAGCCGCAGCCAGAGAAUGAGCAGGCACUGAGUGAGCUGGCCCUCAAAUCACAGGAAGAAAGGUGGAGUGUGUACACACUGCAGGGAGGGCUAGAGACUUUACCUGAAACGCUGAAAGAGCAUUUAGUAAACAAUAAUGUAGAAGUGCACAGUAACUCAAAGAUUGAAGAAAUUGAAUUUGUUGACUCAAGCUCCGUGCUGCUCAGAAAUAAAAAGGGAGAAAUCUUGGAUUUGAAACAUGUUUACUCUGCAAUCCCAGCCCAUGCCCUGGCCAAGCUGGUGGCGAGGCAGCACCCUCACCUCAGUGAACAGCUGGAACAGAUCCCAUUUGUGAAUGUUGGCAUAGUCAACUUAUUCUUUGACAGCCAGGAAACCCUCAUCGCUCCUGCAUUUGGUUUCCUAGUGCCACCUAAAGAGAACUCUCCUAUACUGGGAGUAGUGUUUGACUCCUGCUGUAAUCCUGAACAGAAAGGCACAGUUCUCACAGUGAUGCUUGGUGGAAGAUGGUUCAAGGAAAGAUUUGGUGAUAAUAUCACAAAAGACCAACUACUGGCAAUAGCUAUGAAGGAAGUGAGAUCCAUAUUGAAAAUAACUAUGGAACCUACUGUUAGCCAUGUCAAUAUAUUGGAGAAGUGCAUUCCUCAGUAUGUGAUAGGACACUAUGACAGGGUGGAAUAUAUAAGGAAGUACAUAAAGCAGCACAACUUGCCACUAUCUCUGGUAGGCUGUAGUUAUGAUGGAGUGGGCAUCAAUGACGUCAUAUACUCUGCUAAGGCUCAAGUAGAGAGAGACUGCACAGUGUAAAUUUUUUUUUACAUAAAGUUGGUAAUUGUGGAAGACUGUCUGGAAUAGUUGAAUGUUUUUGGCUUAUUUAAGUGUUAAAUUAUAUUGACUGAUUUUUGCACUGUAUAAGACCUAUGUAAAGAUGUAAAUAUAAAAAAGAAGAUUUAAGUUUUAUGCACCUCUAGCCUGUGAUACAUAAACAUUAUGCACAUUAUUUUAUGAAAUGGAGAUCUAAUGGUUUUGUUAAGAAAUAUAAUAUUUUAAAAGUGA